UAUAAACAUUAUGUAUUGUGCAGAUAAUUAUAUAAGUUGCACAAUUAUAUAUGUUUUGAACAUAUUUGGCUUACUUAUAGUUUUGGGAAUAUUGUUAAAAAAUAGGGAAUAUUAUUUAAGAGAAUUUAAAAGAAUAAGUCAAGUCAUUAGAGACUAUUCAAUGUAAGAAUAAGUAAUAAGAAAAUAAUAGAAAUUAUCGAAGUGAUGGCAAUUUACCAGUAUUUGCAAAGUUUGUAGGAGUCCUAGUAGGAUUUUUUAUCUUAAUAAUAGCAAGCAUAGUAUCUGUAUUAAAAGUCAUAUAUCAAAGAUAAUCAUGUGGGACAAUAGUUUUGGAUUUAUGGAAAUAUCAAAUAUAUUUUUGUGGGUAACAUGUGCUUUCUUAUUUUAUAUUGAUUACCGCUCUAUUUUUAAAUUUUCUAAGUAUUAUAUUCCUCAUUUUUAAGAUAAUUGCGAUUUGCUUUAGCCAUUAUUUUACUUAUAUAAUUAACAUCAGGAAUAGUAUUUGGAGUAGAAAGAAAGUUAGAAUAAGAAAAUAAGGGAUUGGAUGAAUUAACUGUAGAAGCAUCUGUAUAUUUAUGCAAUUUUAUAAUUAUGCUUGUUAUAAAUAUAAUAAGUAUAUUCUUUCCAAAGUUUGAUUAUUAAAAAAUAAGUAAGAAUAGCGAAGAUAAUAAUUUUAUAAGUUUUAAUACACUUUCACAUCAUUUAGUGAGUGAUGAUUAAUUGUCUUAAUAAAAUUCAAAAUAAAAUAGUAUAUCUAAUCCUGUUCAAAAUUAGUCUAAUUAAAGAUAAUCAAUAGCUAAAACACCCAAAAAAAGUCAAUCAUUUUUAGAUUCGUUAGACGAAAUAAAUAAAGAAGAUGGCUCUUAAAGUUCAUUAGGAUCUUCUAGUAUAUAAAAACUAAAAUAAGAAUAAUCAGGACUAAUAGAUCCUACUUAUGGGUUAAAGAAAGAAGAUGAGGCUAUUUAAAAAGAGAAAGAAUAAAAAGAAUUGAUGAGUUAAAUUAUGGAUAUGCAUAAAUAAUUAGAUGAAAAAUUAAAUAGAUUAAAGUAAGGAAAUGAAAACACUUAGUAAUAAUAAAAAAUAUAAUAACCAUUAGAAAGUGAAAUAAUUUAAAAUAAUUAAGAAUCGAUAGUCAAUUAAGAAAAAUUAAAUUAAUAAUAAGAAAUAAGUGCAAAAUCUAAAUAUGAAAUUCAAAGCAUAAGAAUUGAAGGAUUUGAAGAAAUUAAAAAAUAAGGAAAAAGAUUUAUUUAUUUUAAAAUUUUCUAUUUUUCUAAUUCUAAAUAAAGGUAAGUUAGAACAGAGCAUAAUUUGAAAGAAUUUCAUUAAUUAAGAUUGGCUUUAUAAUAGAAAUAUGUAGAUCAUUCUUUUCCAGAAAUACCUGAAAGAAAACCAAAUGAAAGAUUGAAUGGUAAAGAUGUAGCAAGUAGAGGUGAAGCACUUGAAAAGUUCUUAUAAUUUAUAGUUAAGCAUCAAAUGAUAUGUCCUGCUUUAGAUAAAUUUUUAGAAGAAACUUCAGGUCCCAUUCAAAUAGAAGAAGAUAGUAAAUUAUAAUUAAAAAUUUUAGAAGAGACUAAUAUUGAUUAAGUAUUAAAAGAUAAAACUUUUGAUGACUUUUUGGAAAUCAGAAAGGCAAGUAUAACAUCAAAACAAAGUUACUUAGAAAAAGAUUAUAAUGAUGAUAGUUUUGAUCCUAAAAAUAGCAUGGCCUCUUCCUCUUAUGAUUAAUCAUAAUUUUUCGAAAGAAGUAAUGAUCGAUUUUCAUCAAAUAUAUAAAUGUCAAUGGGUAAUGGCCAUAAAUUUGUAAUUAAGGAUGUUAAAACUAUUUAAUAAAUCACUGUAUGAAACAAUAAUAAAUUAGUAUUAUAAAAUUGAGGGAUCAAUAAAUGGGUAGACAGUGUCAUCAGUUUAAAAAAGGUAUAAUGAUUUUAAAGAUUUAUACAAAAAGGUAGGAUUAAAUUAUAUUUUUAGUUAUAAGAAUUGUAAUACCAACUACCUGUCUUACCUAAUGAACCUAAUUAAAAAUAAUAAGAUGUCAUCGCAUAUCGAUAAGAAGCUUUAGCUUAAUUUAUAAAUGCUCUAUAUUAAAAUAAAUCAAUAAAAACUAACAUGGUUUUUAAAGAAUUUGUGGGUAUUUGA